GUAAAUUACAGGAAGUCAAUAGAUACUUGAAUUAUUUUAAUAUUAUUAUCAUUACUCCACGUGACGUAAAAAAAUUGUUUCAAAUUACCAAAUUCCACCUCAUUAUUCACCGUCAAUAUCUAUGGAGUCGGAUAGUCUACAGGGUCUAACAAACUGUUCUAACUCACCUGUCCAUUGUACAACACCUUCAAUAAAUUUUCACAUUCAACACUUGUUGAAUUCAAAUGAUGACGCUGCCAGUCAAAAUAAUCUUAAAAUCAAGAGAGGUACAGCACAAAAACCAAUGCUGGACUGCAAUUAUACUCCAGGGAAUAAAUCUCAUCCAAUUCAUCAAUGAAUGUGAUCAGUGAUCAUGAUCUUUGUUAUGCAAUGAAUCAUAUGAAAAAGAGAAUUACCACUAGUUACAACGAGACUACUCCUGCUCAUAUUACAAAUCCUACUACUGAUCAUAAUAGUAAUAAUAAUAAUGAUCACUUAAUGGGAACUAUGAGUCAGUUAUUGCACAAUUACAGUCCAGAGAAAAUAUCCCUAUUUCUAAAAUUUAUGCAAAACUUUUACUCCGAAGUGUCUGACAUCCCAUCGGAACAACUACAAUGCUUGCUGAAAACAAAACUGAUGACAACGACACCAACAUCGCCAACAAAAUGUUUAGAUCUUCGACAAGAUCAACAGGACAAAGAGGUGAUUAACACGUCGAGGAGGACGACUACUACGAAUAGUAAUGAACUGUCCAACAAUUAUUUAGUAGAUGAUACGACUGGCGAUCAAAAUCAUGCAGAUUUACCGCCACAACUGAGAACAAGUGAACAGCAGUUGCAGAAUAUGAAAAUAUUAAAAAAUUUAAUGAAAGAUUAUGUAGAGAUGAAGGAUAGUGUAUUGAAGAGCCAACAACAACAACAACAAAAUGAAGUCAAUUCCAGCGGCCUAUUCACCAGUACUCAUGAUAUGAAAUAUGCACAAAAAGCUUUUGAAUUGUUGACUAGUGAAUGUGGAACAAAUAAUUUGCUACCAUUUAUGUUACAUAAUCCAGCCUCUGGUUAUCCUUCAAUACCAAUUUAUAACCGUAACAACUAUCCGUCAAAACAAUGUCGACGUCGUAAAGCAAGAACUGUAUUCAGCGAUCAUCAGUUAACCGGUUUAGAGCAUCGUUUUGAAACACAACACUAUCUGUCUACACCAGAACGUAUUGAAUUGGCCAAUCGGUUGAAUUUAUCUGAAACACAAGUCAAGACAUGGUUUCAAAAUCGUCGUAUGAAACAUAAAAAACUGAAACGUUGUAUUCCUGAUACACAAUUAUUUACACAGAAUAACAACUCUUCAUCGAAAUGUCCAAGUUCAACUGGCGGUGAUGAUGAAGAUGAUGAUGAUGUUGGUGGUGAUGACGGUGUUGAACAGGAUGAAGAUGACAGAUGUUCAAGUGUUGGUGAAAAUCCUAAUGUAACAGCAGCCGCGACAAAAGCAACGACAACUGCUCCCCUGUCUUCUCCCACUAUAAAUGAUAACACUGACACUGCAUCAAAUCACAGAAAUCAAGAGAACAUCGACAAUGAUAAUGACAAUAAUAUUAAUAUUGAUGCUGAGGCGGGACAAUACCCUCAGGUGAACACCAACAACAACAACACAGCGGCCACCGCCGCCAGCAUACAUUCAACUGGAUCUACAAAAUUAGACGACCCCUCGAAAAAGUAUCAUUCAGCAUUCUUGUCUACCGUUUCAUUGAUAUCUUCACCAUCUCUGACAACCAUCACCUCCACCUUACCGUUUUCAUCAUCAUUUCCGUACAACUGUUAUACAUCAUCAGCAUCUAAUAAUAAUACAGCUCCUAGAAGUUGGACAAAUUUUUCAUCACAACUUAGAAUGGAUGAUUUGAUCAAAAACUUUUUAACUUAUGAUAUGAUCGAUAAGGGUUAUUUAAGAUCCACUCUGGACUAUAUUAACAAUAAUAUUAGUGAUGUUAAUAAUGCUAUUCCGCUUCAAAACGAUCAGCAUUACACAGCACAUAAUCUCAGUAUUAACAAUAAUACACUGUUAAAUGACGAAUACUCACUGAAAAAGUAG